CCAUAAAACGUAUUGGAUGCAUUUAAUGCAUUUAAAGUAGCUAUCAUCUGGAUUUUAUUUAAAAUUAUCUAAAUCAAGUAUCUUAUAAAAAAUAUUGUAUAUUUAUAAAAAGAAUUGGAAUUGAUAUUAGUAAUAAUUGGAAAGUGUAUUAGUAGUGAUGUCAACGCCAUCGUCAGCUUGGACACCCUGAUAGAAAUCUUUGAUUCUUUAUAUAAAGAAUGAUAUAUUUGAGCGGUCUCCUAAUUAAUUGUUUAAAAAAUGGCUGUAGCAUUGUGUAAACUAUCACGAUUCUCGAGAAGUUAUAAAUAUUUAAAGCAUUAUGAUAAUUCUAAUAUAAAUAAUCGUUCGUCGUUGCUUUGUACAGUAGCUCAGCAACCAAAAUCAAGAAAUUUAUUAAAAAUCGGAAUUAUAGGUGCAACUAUUGGUGUUGUAGCAGGAACAGGUUAUUCUUUCUAUAAAAUUAGUGAAAAAAGAAAAAAUUUAGCUUUAGAUGGAACGUAUGUAAAUCCAACCCAAAUAUUAAAACAUAAACCACCUAUUACACCAUCUAGAAAGGUCACUUUUCCUAUAAAUACAACUGGACUGAAACUUACAUUGUAUCAAUAUCAAACAUGUCCCUUUUGCUGUAAAGUUAGGGCUUUUUUAGAUUAUUAUGGAAUAUCUUAUGACGUGGUCGAGGUGGAUCCAGUAUUGCGACGAGAAAUUUCUUGGUCUUCUUACAAAAAAGUACCAAUACUUCUUGUUCAAGUAAAAGAUGGUUAUCAACCCUUGAAUGACAGUUCAAUGAUUAUAUCAUUACUGUCGUCUUAUAUGCAAGACAAAUAUCAAAAUAUCUCAGAAUUGGUAGAAUAUUAUCCAAACAUAGCUAUGCAUGACGAUAAAGGAAAAUUUAAAUAUGAAAUUAUGAAUAAAUAUUUCCUUAUGUACAAUAAAAUGCCUUCUGAGGAUAUUUCAAUGAAUGCUAUAAUAGAAGAACGUAAAUGGAGACAGUGGACAGAUGAUGUAUUAGUUCAUACUCUUUCACCAAAUGUAUAUAGAACAUUGAAUGAAGCAUAUGAAACUUUUGAAUGGUUUUCUGAAGUUGGUCAGUGGAAAGAAUAUUUCCCAUUAUGGGAAAAAAUGUUAAUAAUUAAUGUAGGAGCAUGUGCUAUGUGGUUGAUAGCAAAACGUUUAAAAAAAAGACACAGACUAAAGGAAGAUGUUCGCCAAUCAUUAUAUGAUGAAGUAAAUAAGUGGUUAAAAGAAAUUCAUGUCAAUGGAACUCCAUUUAGGGGUGGUCAUAAUCCAGACCUUUCAGAUCUUGCAGUAUAUGGUGUUUUAAAAAGUAUUGAAGGAUGUUCUGCUUUUAAAGACUUAUUAAAAAAUACAAAGUUGUCUAAAUGGUAUAAUGCCAUGAAUGAAAGAGUUCAUACAUAUGCUGGAAGUACUCUUGUAAAUGGUUAAUUUAUUCAUUAUAGAGUUCUGUAAUUUAAUUUAAUUUUUGUUCAAAAAGAAAAUGUAGUAUGGUAUUAAAAUAAUUGUAAAGUGAUCUAUGAAUUUAUAAAGAUUAACUUUAUUUU